UUUACGUCACUUCCGUUUUGACAACUGGCGGGACUUCUCCACAUGGUAGUCGCAGAGAAGGGUUGUUUACAAAACUUAAACGCUUGUUUUUACUGACAUUACUGAAGAAUUAUCUCAACAUGAUGGCUACAAACGGAAAGGAAUCACGUGGAGUCAAUGGUGAAGUUUUAUCUAACAAGGGUUGCUCAGUUCUGGUAAACGGAGCAGCAGCAGCAGCAGCCGAGGACUCGUCUCACUCCAAGCCCCUAAACGGAGAGGCUAAUGGAGCUGACAGGUUCACUUUUACCACCGAGCCCACCAUUGAGGACAUCAGGAGGAUGCAAGCAGAGUUCACAGACGAGCGGGACUGGAACCAGUUUCACCAGCCUCGCAACCUGCUGCUAGCUAUGGUCGGGGAAGUGGGAGAGGUGUCGGAGCUCUUCCAGUGGCGGGGAGAGGUGGCAGAGGGCCUGCCGGACUGGACCGAGUCGGAGCGGGAGCAGCUGGCACAAGAACUGAGCGACGUGUUGAUCUACCUAGUGGAGCUCGCUGAGAAGUGUCGCGUUGAUCUACCUCAAGCUGUGCUGCGUAAAAUGGCCCUAAACCGACUGAAGUACCCGGCCAACAAGGUGCACGGGUCGGCCAAGAAGUACACCGAAUACAAGGACUAAGCUGAGGUGUUGAGAGACUGUUACACGUUGUUGUCGGACCUACUGUUUACUGAACAUUUUAUCUCUUGGCUCAAAUGGCCUUUUCUGACUGUAAUGCUCUUAGCUAUAUGCAUGUCCUCUCUAAUACAUCUGCUAACCUGGUUCCCUGCAUACAGUGUCCGUUUCAGCAGGGUCAGGCUCUUUAUGCACACUGUUGUUGCUUUUAUUGAGGGUAACUUUUAAAUUCUCCUUUUUUUUUUUUAAACUUUCAUUUUUAUUUUUGUUUCAUAUGAACAUAUAACAUUGAACAAUUGAGGACUAGGACAUUACAUUACAACUUAAGUAUUACAGACAGUUACAGUGCACAACAAAGGCAAUCAGACAAACAGAAAAAGUUAAGUCUUUUCCCAGUGUUUCCCCCUUGUCCUUUUGUAGGCGAAGAGCAAAAGUCAUUUUUUUUUGCCAUACUUUGAACUAAGUCAAUAAUUUUUUUAAAGUAAUUUAAUGGUGGGAGGGUUCUUCUGAAGCCAGCCUUGUGUUAUUGCUUUCUUACUUGCAGCCAUGAAAAUCUUCAGAAGAUACACGUCUCUCUUUCUGAGGCUUCAGUUUAAAAAAUUAAAGAAGAUUCAAAUGAUAUUUCCAAAAUCUCUGAGAUUAAGUGUUCCACACCUCUCCAGAAAGGCUGAAGGAAUGGACAAGACCAGAAAACAUGUACAAAGUCAACUUUUAAAUUCUUGUUCUAGUCUGAUCAUUGAUGUACCAGAGGGAAGUUUAUGCAAUGCAUACUGCAGAUAAGAAUGCUGUGGUGCUGCCUGUGCCUUUGGGGUAUCUGGAAGAAUAUAUUUUUCACCUAUAAAAGUUUUAACUUUACUUUAGUAGUGGGGUUAGGAUUUGCAGAACUGAUGCAAUAUGAUUAAUGAUCCUGACCAAACUUGUGUGAAGUGGAAAUGUGAUUCAGUUUCUUUUUUUCAUCUUCAUUUCUCAUCAGAAUCUGAUCACCUUAACCUCUGUAAAGUUCAUCAAUGUCAUAUUUCCAAUUAGUAAAAGUUGCUUUAAUUCUGUCACAA